AUGGCAUCGGGCGCUGCAACUGGUCCUGACGAGCAGCCUGCCGCCAGGCCCAAGCCAAAAGCGACAGGUUGCAAACACUCUGCUGGCCCUAGCUCGAGCUGUGGCCACGAGCCCGGCGUUGAUGACCAAGAUUUCAAGUUCUGGGACGGCCCCAAGGCUGGACCAAAAGUUACCCCAGAGCUUGCCGCCGAGCGACUAGCCCGAAAGGCCGAGCGACUAGCUAGAAAGGCUCGCAGUGGCCGGGCCUCCGCUGCCGCCGCUUCCGCCGCCGCUGCCGAUGCCGCUGCCGCAGCCGCCGCCGCAGCCACCGCCGCAGCCGCGGCGCCCGAGACGGGCAGUAGUGGCAGCGGCGGCGAACCCGACACACGCCCCGUGAUGCGCUACUGUUGGGGCCAGGUGGUGGGACCCGAGCCGCGCACGUGGCAGGAGCUGCUCGAGGAGGACUACGGCGACAUGCGCGCCUUCAUGAAGGACCUCGACCUGCCCCGGACCCCCGACGGCGUCGCCGAGGCGGAGGAGAAGCUGCGCCGCUACGCGCGCCGCGAGGCGCGCGAGCUGGAGCGCCUCGCGGACCGGCAGCGCCGCGGCCUCCCCUACAUCGAGGGCGGCUACCCGCGCUACGCGAACAGGCCCCGCGAGCUGACGGCGGAGGAGCAGGAAUACAUCGAGAAGUGGAGGGAGGACAAGCAGGCCGACAAGGAGUACCGCAGCUCGGUGGCGUACAUGAAGAUGAUGCAGCGCCGGUUCAAGGAGAAGUGCGCGAGGAGGCAGGCCGAGAUGAAGGCGAACGGGGAGGUCAGCAUGGCCGCGCGGCCGCCGCCGCGGCCCAAGACGGCCACGACGGACGCCGAGAAGGCGGCGCUCCGGAAGUCGAUUCAGGACAGGCACAAGGUGGCGGCGAUGAUGGAGGCGAUGGAGCGCGGGGAGGCGGGCCCGGCGUCGGCCGAGGACGAGGAGGCCCUCCGGAACUACAAUUACGUCCGGAACGGCUACCGCCACGUAACGGCGGCCGAGACAACAAAGACAACAAAGACAACCGAGACAGCCGGGGCAUGCGAGUCUGACCUUUCAUCUUCUUCAUCCGACGAGUCAGACUGGUCAUGCCUGGAGGCAUACGAGGCAGCCAGGACAUCCGGGGAUGAGCAAAAGUCAUAG